AUGGCGUCUGAUGCAGCUCCUGCAGGUGAGGAGGAGGAAGUGAGGAAGAGGAGGAGGAGGAGGAAGGCUGCGGAGCUCUGUGAGGGGGAGGGGGAUGGAGGGGCCAUCGAGGAGUUCACCUGCCGGGGACACGACGCUCUGCAGGAGGGAAGCACGGAGGAAGCUCUGAGCUGCUUCAGGACCGCUCUGAAGGACGCAGAGCAGCUGCAGGACUCUCGGCUCGUGGCAGUCUGCUCCUUUAAUCUUGGGGCAGCCUACGUGGAGGUGGGCCGACCUCAGAAGGGUCUGGACUUCCUGCAGCGGGCCGAGCCGGGUCCGAGGGCGCAGCGUCUCCCAGACCUCCAGUUCAACAUCGCCCUGGCCCACAAUGCACUGGGGCAGAGCCGAGAGGCCGCCGCCUACUUCCUGCAGGCCGCACAGCUAUACCGUUCCCAGGGAGACGGAGCCAGCGAGGGAGACGCCUGCAUGGAGAUGAGCCGUUGCUAUAGCGACGACCAGGACUGGUCUCUGGCGGUUCAGGGUUUCCUGCGUGCGGCUGACAACUACAGAGUGGCGGCCAUGUUGGACUCUACGGCUGCCGCUCUCAAAGAGGCGGGAAGACACAUGAUCCAAUCAGAUCAGUUCAGCCGGGAUGACAUCAUCGGCGUGCUGACAGAGUGUCUGAGUUUGAUGGACAGCGUCACUGACCCGAGAACUCUGGGUGAGCUGUACCUGUCGGUGGGCGUGUCUUACUGCCAGCUCAGGUGUUUCCAGGAGGCAGUGCCGUGUCUCCAGCAGGCUGUGGGCCCCUCCUCUCAGUGGCCCCCCCUGCUGGCCAGUGUGCUGCACAACCUCGGGGCCGCACUCAACUCUGUGGGCCGGUUCACUGCUGCAGCACGCUACCACAGGCUGGCUGCUGGACUCUACGGCUCUCUGGGUUGCCGUGGUGACCAGGCUCGGUGUUUCAGUAACUUGGCGUUAGCCUGCAGUCAGCUGGGUGAGGAGGAGGAGGCAGCAGAGAGCUUCCUGCACGCUCUGCAGGGAUUCAGAGACAUCGAGGACCAUGGUGCUCAGGUACAGGUGUGUGAGUCGUUAGCAGACUGUUACCUGAAGCAGAGGAAACAGCAGAAAGCUGUUCAGUUCUACAAACAGGCUCUGACUGCUCUGUCUCACUGCAAGGAGAGCUGUGGGUCAGUUCAGGAUCGUCUGGUGGAGCGUCUGACUGCAGCUCUGCAUCAGAGUCUGACUGUCAGCCUGCAGAGGCCACGCCCACACAGCUCACCUGUCGGACAGCAUGUCAGGAAGUCUGACAUCACACAGAGUCCAGGGAGUCCAUCCAAUCAGCAACCAGAUGGGAGGAAGGGGGAGGGGCCAGGAGGGGAGAGGUGGUCUUGGCCUUGGGGCCAGCACACCAACCUGGAUCAAGGCCACUCCAUCUCAGAGACGCAAGCUAGUGGUCCAGGAGGUACAUUGGGAAGAGGAAGCUGUGGCGCAGGCAAAACAAGGGUGGCAUGGGAAGGAAUAGAGAAGAGGAAGAUCUCCUGGCAAGAGCUGUGGGAAAUGGAGGCAUUCAGGGUGAGUUUUACCAUCAGGGCUGCCUAUGAUGUCCUACCUUCUCCCACAAACCUAAGCCAGUGGUAUGGCGAGGGCCCCACAUGCCCUCUCUGUCCAAGUCCAGCAUCACUGAAGCACAUCCUGAACCUGGGACGAUGGGAUUCACUGCUGAACCCUCUGGAGGUGUCGUGGGUCUAUCAGCGAAACACCCAAGAAGGAGGGCGCCCACUUGAUAACCCAAGGAUGCCAUCACUCACUUGA